GCGAGCCCAGUUCCGGCGAGGAGGCCGCGCCAGUGACAGCGAUGGCGGCGGAGUCGGCGCUGCAAGUCGUGGAGCGGCUGCAGGCGCGCCUGGCCGCGAACCCGGACCCUAAGAAGCUUUUGAAAUAUCUGAAGAAGCUCUCCGCCUUGCCUAUUACAGUAGACAUCCUUGCGGAGACCGGGGUUGGCAGGACGGUGAACAGCCUGCGGAAACACGAACACGUCGGAGGCUUUGCCAGGGAGCUCGUGGCCCAGUGGAAGAAGCUGGUUCCUGUAGAACGAAACAAUGAGCCUGAAGAGCAGGACUUUGACAAGAGCAGCUCCCGCAAGCGCCCCCGGGAAGCUCUGCAGAAGGAGGAGGAGAUGGAGGAAGAGGAGCAGGAGCACUGGAAAGCCUCCGGGAGCCAGUCCUGCAGCCCUGAGCACAGACAGAAGAAGCACAGGAAGCUCGCUGAGCUGGAGAGACCCCACAAAGCCUCCCACAGCCACGAGAGGAGAGACGAGAGGAAGCGGUGUCACAGGGUGUCGCCUGCUUACUCCUCAGACCAUGAGUCUUCGGAUUAUGGCCACGUGCAGUCCCCCCUGUCUUCUGCCAGUCCUCAUCAGGUGUACGUGGACCAUUACAGGUCCCCGGACCAGGACCCCGAGCCCAUAGUUCCACACCAGAAGCCUGGAAAAGGCCACAGCCAUGCCUUGCAGGACAGACUGGGGAUCAGCCAGGAGCGGCACCUGGGUGAGCCCCAGGGGAGAGAGGCUGUGAACCAAAACAAGGAGCACAAGUCUUCCCACAAGGAGAAGCGCCCUGGGGGCGCCAAGGCCGAGGAGAAGGCCUGUGCCAUAAGCAGAGAGAAAUCUCACAGCCGGAGGCCGCUCCCGGGCGACAGCACGAAGGAGAAGCUGCCCUCGGGUGUCUCCCAGAAAGAGAAGGAAAGAGAGGGCAGCGGCCACAAGAAGAAGUUUGCCCCCUCCUUGGAGGUGGCUUCGGACAACCACCUUAAAAAGCCAAAGCACAGAGACUCGCAGAAAACCAAAUCGGACAAAAAGCCCGGUCUAGACAGCGUGGACGCGGGCAAGGGGGGGAAGGGGAAGACUCCAGACGGGAGAGCGAAGGCCUCCAAGGCGGGGGAGGAGGACGCCGAGGACGGCUUUGAGGAGCCCACCAUGUCCUUUGAGUCGUACCUCAGCUACGACCAGCCCAAGAAGAAGAAGAAGAAGGUCGUGAAAGCGUCGGCCCCAGCACUUGGAGAAAAGGGGCUGAAAAAAAGCGACUCUAAAAGCACUAAAGACUCGGGCCCAGCUCGGAAAUUGCCUAAGGGGAAUGAGACCCAGACGGAGAAGCUGCCAGCAGCUGGCGCCGACUCAGCCAAGCCGAAGAAGGUCCCCACAGAUGCGUUACCGGCGCUGCCAGACCUCCCCCUGCCCAUGAUCCAGACCAAUUACCGUCCACUUCCUUCCCUCGAGUUGAUCUCUUCCUUCCAGCCAAAGCGAAAAGCAUUUUCCUCACCCCAGGACGAGGAAGAAGCUGGAUUCACUGGACGGAGAAUGAAUUCCAAGAUGCAGGUGUAUUCUGGUUCCAAAUGUGCCUAUCUCCCCAAGAUGAUGACCUUGCACCAGCAGUGCAUCCGAGUCCUUAAGAACAACAUCGACUCAAUCUUCGAGGUGGGAGGAGUCCCCUACUCUGUGCUGGAGCCCGUGUUGGAGAGGUGCACUCCCGACCAGCUGUACCGCAUAGAGGAGUACAAUCAUGUUUUAAUAGAGGAAACAGAUCAAUUAUGGAAAAUUCACUGUCACCGAGACUUUAAGGAAGAAAGACCAGAAGAAUAUGAGUCAUGGCGGGAGAUGUACCUGCGCCUCCAGGACGCCCGAGAGCAGCGGUUACGAGUGCUGACCAAGAACAUCCAGUCCGCACAUGCCAAUAAGCCCAAAGGCAGACAAGCAAAGAUGGCCUUCGUCAACUCUGUGGCCAAGCCGCCUCGCGACGUCCGAAGGAGGCAGGAGAAGUUCGGGACGGGAGGAGCAGUUGUCGCCGACAGAAUCAAGAUUAAGCCCGCCCCGUACACCAGCGGAAGCAGCCACGCCUCCAGCAGCAACAGCUUUAACGCCAGCCCCGAGGAGCCAGCCUACGACGGCCCGAGCACCAGCAGUGCCCACCUGGCGCCAGUGGUCAGCACUGUUUCCUACGAUCCUCGGAAGCCAACUGUGAAGAAAAUUGCCCCGAUGAUGGCCAAGACGAUAAAAGCUUUCAAGAACAGAUUCUCCCGACGAUAAAACUGAGGGCCUGCCUGGGAGCUGGAAUCGUUGGGGGCAGGAAGAGAACAGUGGAGCCUGGGGGUUGGAACUUCCGAAGGAGACCAGGAGCUUUGCGUGGUGGAGACGGUGGUUCCCGAGCACGGGCGACGCCCGUGCACCCCGGCCCGGCCCGCUGCCUGCAGCACACUUCAGGAUUCUGGAGGAGACGUGAAGCCUCAGUGCACUGAGGAUUUUAAGGUCAAUUAUACUUUUGUUGUUAAUUAGCAUCUUUGUAAACUAUAAGACAUAGUUUUAAUUAAUAAAUAUUGCCCCCAGAUUGUAUUUA